AUGGCCGAUAAUGGAAUGACAAGAGGCGACCGCGCGUGCUACAACUGUGGGCAGCCAGGCCACCUUAGCCGCGAAUGCCCCACACGUCCGCCAGGUGGUGCUGGUGGCGACCGUGCGUGCUACAACUGUGGUCAGACUGGCCACCUUAGCCGCGAAUGCCCCACACGGCUGCCAGGUGGUGCUGGUGGCGACCGUGCGUGCUACAACUGUGGUCAGCCAGGUCAUAUCAGCCGCGACUGCCCUACUCGCUCGGCUGGUGGCUUCCGUGGUGCGGUGCGUGGGGCAUGCUAUCACUGCCAGCAGGAAGGUCACCUUGCGCGUGACUGCCCCAACGCACCUGCGGGUGGUGCUGGUGGCGACCGUGCAUGCUACAACUGUGGGCAGACUGGUCACCUCAGCCGCGAAUGUCCUGUGAAGUAA